AUGUAUUUAAUUGCUAAUGAUCUAGCAACAGGCAUAGACCCUGAGGACCAAUCUGAUGAGGAAGCAGUCAUCUCAAACAACCCUUGGGCUGCAGUCCCCUGGGGUCAUGUUACCCAAGAUCCAGACCAUUACCUUGACAUGGACUGUAUCUCUCAGAAUGUUGUCAUCAAGGAUCCUUCUCACCUGCAGAAGGAAGCCAUCAUAUCAUCAGAUGAGGAUGAGGUAUUGAAGAAGACCCCCCAAGCCAUUGCUUCUGACAAAGAGGAAGACUUGGAAUGCCACACCCCAUCUCUUUCCAAUUCCUGCCCAAAAUUCCAUAUGGGUGGUGACACAGUCAGUUAUCUUCAAUCCCACUCUACCCUCCCAUCAUACCAUCAUCUGUUGGCCACAGUUCAAAAACUUUCCAACACAUACACUCCAGAUCCUAAGGGCAAGGCUAGGAAGCAACAUCUGCCUGUCUGGGCAUCUUGGACAUGGUCUGAGGCAUAUCUACCUCAAAAUAUGCACAAUGAUGUUCAGGCAUCCUUUGUGGCUUUGGAGGAACUAGGAAACUAUAUCAUCAAAUCUCAUGAUUGGGGUAUGAUUGAGUAUGAAGCAGAUGAGGCUGGAGAUGAUGUGCCUCAAUAUUUGGGUGACUCCAUCCUUGGCUUCAAGGUAGGGGACAAGAUUGAAGAGGCAAUUACCAGAAUCCAGGUGAAGGUGGACACAAUGCUGCCAGAUGGUAAUGAGAAGCAGAUGACAGUGGGAGAAGAAGUUCAUAUGAGGCAUCUGGAGAACAAAAGGCAGGUGAAAGAGAGGAGGGAGAGGGUGGCUGAGGAGGCUCAGGUUGUUGAGAAGGCUCGGGUUGCUCAGGAGAAGAGGGUUGCUGAGGCAUCUUGGAUAACUGAGAAGAGGGCUGCCACAUCAAAGAAGGCAAGCAGUACUAACACUGGGGGAAAAGGGAAGGGUAAGCACACAGCAACAGAUGUGGAUGAUUCAGUCAUGAAAAAGGUGAAGAUAUCUGCUCCUCCUGAUCCUCCUUGUCACUCUGCCAGAGACAGAGUAGCUUCAAAGAAGUAUAAGAACUGA